AUGCAGCCCCAGCGAUGCCUGCGUGAGUCCCUCACGCCCCAGCAGCUGCGUGAGUGGUACGCUGGUUGGGGCUGUAGGGGUGGCGACGCUACUCCUACUUCCACUCCUGCUGCUUCUACUCGUGGUGGCGGCCAGAUGCAGCUCCCGCGACCCUCUCGCGUGUCUCUCACGCCUCGCCAGCUUCGUGAGUGGUACGCUCAGAGUGGAGGGUCUCUCAGUGCUGUUCGCUGCUCUUACGUGAUUCGCACUGGUACUCGGACUGGUCAGCCUUGUGGGACACGUAGUCAUACACAGUCCCGCUGCUUCGCCCGUCUGAGCGACGCCUGGCGUACCGUGUUUGGCGACGAGGCUGAGCUUCCCGACUGGGUGGAGUUGCUUAGGCAGAGGGUAGAUAUAUAUGCUCUUGACUAUGAUGCUAUUCUCACUGCCAUGUAUGCAUUGCCUACUAGUGCUGACCGUGCCGGUCACCUGUGCGUCCCGCCUGACCCAGGUAUAGGACCUGCUGCUCUAGCUACUGGUGAGGCUGCUGCUCUGGGUGCUAGUGAGUCUCCUGCUCCAGGUACAGGUGCGGCUGCUGCUCUAGGUGCUAGUGAGUCUGCUUCCUCAGGUGCGGGUGAGGCUGCGCUCUCAGGUACCGCGUUGGCUUCGGCCUCCCUCACCUUUACACUUGACUCUGGGGCUUCUCGCUCCUUCUUUCGAGACCGCACCACACUCACGCCGCUUGGUCGGCCGGUUGCUGUCUCCCUGGCUGACCCCUCUGGGGGUCCUGUCCUCGCCCACUUCUCCACUGUCCUCCCGUGUCCGGCUGCCCCCUCGGGCACCCUGUCUGGCCUGUACCUCCCCUCGUUCUCGACGAACUUGGUGAGUGGUGCAGACCUGCAGGAUGCGGGGGUUCACCAGUUCACUCCUGCGAGUCAGCGGGUGACCCACUGCACGGACGCACGCACAGGCCGGCACCUGGCCACGUUCUCGCGUCGGCCGGGGUCGAGCCUCUACACCCUGACCACUGAGUCUCCUCCUGUCCACGCGUCCGGUCAGGUAGCAGCGUCGGGUCAGGUGUUUGCUGCUGCGUCCAGGUCUGGUCCUGAGUCUGCCCCCUGUUCGUGUCGCCUCCUGUCUCACGAGACUCUUCCGUGGCACCACCGUCUAGGCCACCCCUCCUUGCCCCGUCUUCGGGGCAUGGCUUCCCGUGUCCUUGUCUCUGGUCUUCCCCAGUCUCUCCCUCCCCUUCCUUCGGGACCAGGACCUUCCUGUGUCCCCUGUAUCGAGGGGCGCCUCAGGGCUGCUCCUCACUCCUCCCAGUUUCCCCCGACAGAGGCUCCUCUGCAGACGCUUCACAUGGACGUGUGGGGCCCGGCCCCCGUCCGUGGGCAGGGUCACGAGCGCUACUUCCUGUUGGUGGUUGACGACUACUCGCGUUACACCUCAGUCUUCCCCUUGCGCAGCAAGGGUGCUGUCACUGAGGUGCUGAUCGACUGGAUCCGCGAGGCUCGUCUCCAGCUCAGGAGGAGCUUCGGCUGGGACUUUCCUGUUCUGCGUCUGCACUCUGACCGAGGUGGGGAGUUCUCCUCUCGCAUUCUGCGAGACUACUGUCGUGCACAGGGGAUCCGCCAGACCUUUACGCUUCCGGACUCUCCACAGCAAAAUGGGAUUGCUGAGCGCCGCAUUGGCAUGGUCAUGGAUGUCGCUCGUACGUCCAUGAUGCAUGCGGCUGCCCCCCAUUUUCUGUGGCCGUUUGCGGUUCGGUACGCGGCGCAUCAGCUCAACCUUCACCCCAGGGUCUCUCGGCCCGCGAUGUCCCCAGUGUUACUGUGGACGGGGAAGGUCGGCGAUGCGUCUGCGUUCCGUGUCUGGGGAUCUCGGGCGUUUGUCCGCGACUUGUCUGCGGACAAGCUGUCCCCCCGUGCUGCUCCCUGUGUCUUCCUUGGCUUCCCCCCUGACGCUCCAGGGUGGCAGUUCUACCACCCCUCCUCUCGUCGUGUUCUGUCCUCCCAGGACGUCACGUUCGACGAGUCAGUCCCCUUCUACCGCCUCUUCCCCUACCGUACUCCUUCCCUCCCCCCCCCACCGGACUUCCUGGUGCCAGUUCCCCCCCCGGUAGACCCCCUCCCCCCUCAGGUUCCUGCCCCUUCAGGUGUGUCCCAGGUAGACACAGUCGAGCCAGUCGAGGUUGCUGCUGAGUCUGGUCCUGCUGCGGGUGCAGAGCCUGGGGGUGCUACGCCUGCGGGUGCUGAGCUUGGGGGUGCUGCUGCUGGGGGUGCUGAGCCUGGGGGUGCGAGGCCGGGGGGUGCUGAGCUUGGGGGUGCUGCUGCUGGGGGUGCUGAGCCGGGGGGUGCUACGUCAGGAGCUGCUGAGCCUUGGGGUGCUGAGCCUGGAGGUGCGGAGCCUGCGACUGCUGGGCGGGAGCCGCUCUCUCCACAGGAGCUGCGCGAGUGGUUUGCUCGCCGCUGGAGGCGUGCUGCUGGAGCUGGAGCUUCUUCGCCUGCUGAGGGUGCUGAGUCUGGAGCUGCUGAGCCUGGAGGUGCUGAGUCUGGAGCUGCUGAGCCUGGGGGUGCUACGUCUGGAGCUGCUGUGCCUGGGGGUGCUGAGUCUGGAGCUGCUGAGCCUGGGGUUUCUCCUGCUGCUGCGUCUCGCCGGGAGCCCCUCUCUCCACAGGAGCUGCGCGAGUGGUUUGCUCGCCGCUGGAGGAGUGCUGCUGGAGCUGGAGCUUCGUCGACCGUCGAGGGUGCUGGUGCUGCCGGUCCCGGAGCUGCUGGGCCUGCGGGUCCUACUGGAGCUGGAGCUGCUGAGGGUGUUGGUGCUGAGACUACUGCUGUCUGUCCUAGCGGUGGUUCUGCUGCUGGUGCUGCUGGAGGUCCUGCCGCUGGAGGUGUUGGUGGCGCUGGUGCUGUCGCUGAGGGUGCUGGUGCUGUCCCUGCUGAGUCUGGAGCUGCCGCGCGGCCUCGGCCGUACUUCGUUCCGCUCCUACAGCAGGUUCUUGGUCUUUCUCCUUCGGUAGAGUGUCCACAGCCUGUCCAGUCGCAGUCACUGUUGGAGCCUUCCUCUCCUCUGCCUGCUCCCUCUCCUUACACUGGUCCUACUGGAGGUCUUGCUGAGCGUCGUGAGCCUGCGUCUCGUCCCGCGUCGCCUGUUCGUGCUGCUCGCGCUAGUGGUCGCGGUUCGCGUCAGCGUCCUCCUCCUGUCCCUGGCACGCACCGGAUGUCUCUGCGUCCGUCCACUGCUCCUCUGCGUGCCCCUUUGCCUUCUCCUCCUGAGUCCUCUCUUCCUGCGCUUGCCGACCCUGAGUCGGACUCUCUUCGCGCUGCCAGUCCUACUGUCACGCGUCUGCUUGCUACUGUCGUCACUGACCCCUCUUUUGAGUCCACUGCUGCGUCUGCUCUAGUCGCUGAGCUCGUUGACUUUGCUGUUCGCUGUCGUCUCGACUACGCUGCUAGUCUUGUUGCUGAGUCUGCGUCUGUCUGUCCUCUGUCCGUCGGGGGUGAGUGUGCUCUUGGCACGGACGUCCUAGAGGACAGGCAGGAGGAGUUACAGUGUCUAGCGGCUGCUUCACCUCAUCUCGCGUCUGUACUGCUUGCCCCUGAGGGAGACCCGGAUGCACUAGACAUCCCGACUCCGCGUUCUUACGCGGAAGCCGUAGAGGGUCCCUACUCCUCUCAGUGGCAGGCAGCUAUGGAUGCAGAGAUGGCUUCCUGGAAGUCCACAGGCACCUACGUUGACGCGGUUCCCCCUCCUGGGGCGAACAUCGUCAGUGGCAUGUGGAUCUUCAGGGUGAAGCGGCCGCCGGGCUCUCCACCUGUCUUCAAGGCACGGUACGUUGCUCGUGGCUUCAGUCAGCGGCAGGGAGUUGACUACUUUCAGACCUUCUCUCCCACCCCGAAGAUGACCACUCUUCGGGUGCUGCUGCACAUAGCCGCUCAGCGCGACUACGAGCUUCACUCUCUCGACUUCAGCACUGCGUUCCUGCAGGGUAGCCUGCACGAGGAGAUCUGGCUGCGCCGUCCACCUGGCUUCACUGGGACUUUCCCUCCUGGCACCCAGUGGAGCCUCCGACGGCCAGUCUACGGUCUCCGCCAGGCACCGCGUGAGUGGCACGACACACUGAGGACUACGCUUGCGGCUCUUGGGUUUGCUCCUUCUACUGCUGACCCGUCGCUGUUUCUGCGCACCGACACUUCACUGCCGCCGUUCUACAUCCUCGUGUACGUCGACGACUUGGUCUUUGCCACAGCGGACACUGCUGGACUCGCCUACGUGAAGUCCGAACUGCUGAAGAGACACACGUGCACAGACCUGGGUGAACUGCGCAGCUACCUUGGCUUGCAGAUCACUCGGGACAGAGCACGCCGCACCAUUACCUUGACUCAGUCACACAUGGUGCAGCAGGUCCUUCAGCGCUUUGGCUUCACGUACUCCUCGCCUCAGGCCACUCCUCUGCCUACUCGCCACUCACUCUCAGCUCUGCCUUCGGAUGAGUCCGUAGAGUCGAGUGGUCCACCAGAGCACAUGGCUGCAGCGAAGAGGGUAUUGCGCUACCUGUGCAGUACGUCGGGCAUGGGGCUAGUGCUUGGAGGGCGGAGUCCAGUGGUCCUUACCGGCCACGCGGACGCUUCUUGGGCUGACGACCAGGCUAUGCAGCGGUCGUCACAGGGUUACACCUUCAGCCUUGGUUCCGGCUCUGUCUCGUGGCGGUCUACUCGCUCGUCUUCGGUUCUCGGCUCCAGUUGUGAGGCUGAGAUCUACGCCGGGGCCAUGGCUGCACAGGAGCUUCGCUGGCUCACCUACCUGCUGACUGACCUUGGAGAGCCACCUCGUUCUCCUCCAGUGCUGUACGUAGACAACAAGGCCAUGCUGGCCUUGUGUCGAGAGCAGCGCUUGGAGCACAGAACGAAGCACAUUGCUCUCCGCUACUUCCUUGCUCGUGAGCUGCAGCAGCGUGGUCAGUUGCGACUUGCGUACGUGGCCUCUGAGGCCAACACUGCUGAUGUGUUCACCAAGGCACUCGCGCCUUGUGACCAUCAGCGCUUUUGCACCCAGCUGGGUCUUGUGCCUGUCUUGCCUCACUUGCUCUCCUCUUGA